CUUUGGACUUGUUGUUUAUGUCUUGAAUUUGAAGAAGCGAUUAUAAAUACUGUAAUAAUUAAAUAAUAAAUCUUACGACAAUUAUGAGGCCGUAAUUCAACGUUGCAACUUUAUUAUGGAUUCAUCAUCGGACAAUGGAUUAUUGGAUUUAUCGAGGAAAGAACUCAAAAAAAUUGAGAAACUGUCUCCGGAGAAGUCCAAGACGAUAAAUAAUUUGAUUCUGGAUCAAAACGAAUUACAACGAUUAGAUAAUUUGGACACCUAUCUUCACAUUCAAAACCUUUCAAUAUGCAACAACUUCUUAGUGAGAAUGCAUGGUGUAGCACGGCUAACAAAUUUAAGGGUUCUAUCAUUAAAUAACAAUGGCAUAUUACAAAUUGAAGGUCUAAAAGAGAUGCUAUUUUUGAAGGUGUUAAAAUUAGCAGGGAACAAUAUAAAAUCAAUAGAACACUUAAAUCACAAUAUACAAUUAGAACAUCUGGAUCUAUCUAACAAUCAGAUCUCAUUUAUUGCUGAUAUUUCAUAUUUGAAGAAUUUGAAGAAUUUAAGUUUGGAACGUAAUCGAAUAACAAAUCUACGUCAAUGUGACAGAUAUCUCCCCUCUCACUUGACACAUUUAGGGUUGGCCCAUAACAACAUACAGGAUCUCAAUGAAAUAUCACAUCUGGUGCAUUUGACCGAAUUGGAUAGUUUCACGAUACAGGGCAACCCAUGUGUAGCUGUGGCAGCAAAGGAUAAACUUGGUUUCGACUACCGUCCGUUCGUCCUCAACUGGAUGAUGAGUGUUAAACUGAUUGAUGGUUUUGCUGUUAGCGCCAUUGAAAGUCUAAAAGCUGAAUGGCUGUACAGUCAGGGCAAAGGCCGAUACUUCCACACGGGACAGAAUCGCGAGCUAUGUGAAUACCUUGCCAGUACGUGUCCGCUCACUGCCGACGCGCUCGAGACUGAGGAUCAGAGGAAAUUGAGGCUUAUUCUAAGCAAGGCACAACAUCAUCAACAGCAGUUGAAAGACCAGAAUCAUAUCCCGCUGAAGUCGAAAAUGCAGUCGCCGAGAAUGCAAGCUCGCAUGACGCCCCGACAUAUGGGUCGUUCGCCCGACCGGCUCAGCUCGAGUUUCCAUGCGUCCUACUCUCGCACGUCGUCUCCCUCGCACCAGAUGUCGCUGUCCUGCUCUGGCGAGCUUCCUCUUCACGAUCUAGAGAAACGGGACAAGGAGAAACAAGGUUCCAAUACACCUCCAAGAUGUGCAGAACAGCCAAAACCAUCGAACCAGCCACUCGAAGCCGCUUCUAAAAUGGUGCCCGUCCCAGAAUCACUUAUGAGCCCCGAUUAUCAAGACCCGAUAUACGACAUCCAGAAAACGUUAACCAAAACUGCAAGUUCAGAACCAAAAAUCCGCAGCCUGAGAAGUCCUAAAUGCAAAAGUGCGAACUCUUCCCCAAAGUUAAGGUCGAAAAUUGAACGCAACGGGAAAGUUGAUUCGGCUGAGAAGUUGAACGGUGACUUGGAGAGAUUGGCGUCGAACCAGAGGCGGCAGAAGAGAUUGAAUGAGGAAACUGUGGCGGCCAUUACCAUCCAGCGAAUGUGGCGAGGAUAUCGAAGUCGGAAUUUAAAUAAGGAUACGAUAAGGAUAUUGCACGCGAUACAAGCGGCCAGAGCGAGACAGCAUAUCCAACGAUUAACAAGCGACAUGGAAGCAACGAAGGCUGCGUUGGAAAGCGAGAGGAAAAUCCAGCAGUUACAGAUGCAGGCCAUCAAUGCGCUCUGGAAAAAGGUUUCCACCUUGCAGCUCCAACCAUCUGAAACGCAGAAACAAAACUCGAACAACCAAGACAACUCUGAAGUGUUGCGGAGACUCACAGAAACUUGCUCCACUCUACAGACUCAGGUUGAAGAGCUCCGCGGGUGUAUGCGGGAGGUACUGAGUGCUGUGCGUAGCGGAAGCAGAGACGCGGUCGCCACGCAGACUGACAUCAGUGCGGUCGCCACGCCGCAGGAAGAGCGAUGGCUUCGUAGACCGCAGUCGUUGCCGCUAACCAAUCUCCCCUCCACUAAGUCUUCGCCCGCGCCAUCUAUCGAGAAAGACAGCGAAAUUGCGUUCGUUGACGUUGAACGAACUGAAUCAUUGAUAGAGGAGAAAGAGACACCAGACGAACGAGUGAGCGUGAUGAAACGAGAACUGAUCGAAGAAUGAUAAAACGUUACAUUAUUACUCAGUAUUGUUACGUCGGACGUUGAGUCGCGUAAAUUACGUAUGAGUGUUCGUAAUAGAGACUAAACCAUUAUAUUUGAAUUGUUUCGAUUUAUAUCCAUAACAUUAUUUAUGUAGUCAAUUAAAUAAUGGAUAAUCAUUUAAUUAAUCUGAAAACAAAAUAUAAAUUGUAUUUUAGUUAACCGUACGUUGUCAUAUCUCAAAUAAGUUAAAUUUACGAAAUAAUUUAAUUGGUCAUAAAUAUAUCAAAUAUAGAACAUAUUUUGUACUUGACUAAAUCUCGAUUCGUUUUAUAAUAAUAAUUGUGAACCAUCCAUCGUUUAUUACGAAUUGUUAUUGAGUUUUAGGAUCGUAUAAAUUUUAAAAAUAUCCUACGUAACACAAAUAAACUUUGAAAAACAAAAUUUUAUGAACGAUGCGGUACUCGAACCCACUACCUCUGGUGUUCCGUGCCAGUGCUCUAACCAACUGAGCCGUUCGAGUGACGCAUCGUCAUAAAAUCUUGUAUGCUUUGUUCAACUCUCAGGGAAUGGCUCCAUCUGCAGGAUCUACUUUACAGCUGAUAACCUGCUCAACCCCAAUAUUUGCAUGUGAGGAAAUUGACUUGAGAUGUCGCUCUUGUAAAUCUAAACAAUUUGUUAUGUUUUUAAAUUGGACACUUCUAGGAUUAAUACACAAAUAUCCUACGUAAAUUACGCGACUUAUAAAUUCCGAUAUGAUACAUACACCCAUAGAUGCAGUUUGGAUAGUUUCUUGACGAUUUCUAUAUUUUUUUCAUGUAAACCUUCUUUCAACGAUUUCAAGGGAUCUCUGAGAAUCUGUGUGACUGCGCAGUUACUAUAAAUUCAUUUCUGGCAAUAUUUCAAUAAAUUGAUGAAAAAUUUAACGAUUUCAAGGAGCCCUAUAAAGCCUUGUAAAAUAAAACCGUAUAUACCGUAUAUCAUUACAUAAAACAUUAGCAUUUUGUCGUAAUGUAAUGAUCAUCACCUGCAUCAUUUUGACGUCUAGCAUUCUGCAAUCGCGUGUUUAGCGAGAGACUUCUUGCACUGCACAGCCACUUUAUAAAUAAAUUAACCGGCUGCGGUUUUCCAGAACCGAACAGAGCAUACUUCCAACUUAAAGGCCGGCAAUGUUUCUAAUGGUAUAUAUACACCUGGUUUGCGGAUGUCCAUGGGUUUCUCCACUCACUACCCAUCACAUCAGCCCGGUUUGCCCAAUCUUAUAAUAUAUAUAUAUAUA